UGAAAGGUGGCGGGAGGGGGCCGGGCAGGAGCCGGCGGGAGGGCCAGGCCUGGAGGCCCCCACCCUGGCGUGCCCUCCCCGGCCGCGAUUGAGAAGGAAGAGGAGGAUGAUCUCCAGAUACACUCGGAAAGCGGUGCCACAGAGCUUGGAGCUGAAAGGAAUAACAAAGUAUGCUCUUAAUCAUCAUCCCCUACCAGAGCAGCUAGAUGAAAUUUCCUCUACCAAUGAUAGCCACGCAAAAGACACAAGUUCCCAAAGUGAGUCUGACAUCACACAAGAAUCACCUUUUACAUCAGCUGAUACUGGGAAUUCAAGGUCUGCUUUUCCAAGUUAUACAGGCACAGGGAUCUCUACUGAGGGCAGCUCGGACUUCUCCUGGGGAUAUGGUGAACUUGAUCAAAAUGCCACUGAGAAAGUCCAAGCAAUGUUCACAGCCAUUGAUGAACUCUUAUAUGAGCAGAAGUUGAGUGUACAUACUAAGAGUCUACAAGAGGAGUGCCAACAGUGGACAUGUAGCUUUCCUCACCUCAGGAUUUUGGGUAAGCAGAUAAUCGCUCCAAGUGAAGGAUAUGCACUGUAUCCUAGAUCCCCUUCUGCUAUUUCAGCUUCACAUGAGGCAGCAUUGUCUCAAGAAAGAGAUUCUACUAUAUUUGGUAUUAGGGGAAAGAAGUUACAUUUUUCAACUCCUUAUGUUCAUAAAGCAUCUUUCAUUGCCAAAUCCCCUAGCCUGUGUUCUAUGGAAAAAGAAGAGGAAGACUGUGUAAUCCUCUCUGAAGGAAUAAUAGAGGAGUAUCUAGCAUUUGACCACACAGAUAUGGAAGAGGGGUUUCAUGGAAAGAAAUCAGAAGCAGCUACAGAGAAACAGAAAUUAGGAUAUCCUCCCAUUGCUCCAUUUUACUGCAUGAAAGAGGAUGUCCUUGCUCAUGUGUUUGAUGACGUAUGGAGCAAGGUCCUGAGCUGUAUGGAGCAGCUGACACGUAGUCACUGGGAAGGAUUUGCUUCUGAUGACGAGAGUAAUGUUGCAAUCACCAGAUCGCCUUCAGAAAGCCCCUGUGUGAUAACUGAACCACAACCUUUGGUCUUACCUCGAGUGCCACAGUCUAAGGUGCUAUCGAUGACCACAAAUCUGAUGAGUCUCUGUCAAGCAGCAAGUGGUCAUCAGCCAAAUGUGAAUGGUCUCUUGGUUCAUGGAAUGCCUCUACAGCCAAGAAAUCUCUCCCUAAUGGACAAAAUCCUAGAUCUCGAUGACAAGCUACUUUCGAGGCCUGGGUCCAGUACCACCCUUUCAACCCGAAAUUGGUCAAAUCGAGCCCUAGAGCUUUGUACAUCAUCUCUGUCGUAUACUGUGCAGUCUGCCAGGAGACGCAAUCCCCCACCACGUACCCUUCAUCCCAUCAGCACAAGCCAUUCCCGAGCUGGAACACCAAGACCCGUGGAAGAAAUCCUCAGAGGAUCCCGAGUCCAGGUGGGGGCCGACUCCCUGUCUUCUCCCUCACCAAUGCCCCUGAGUCGAAAUAAUCUGCUGCCACCUAUUGGCACAGCUGAAGUGGAACACUUGAGCACUGUGGGGCCACAAAGGCAAAUGAAAACCCACGGGGAUUCUAAUCGAGCUCGAAGUGCAGUGGUGGAUGAGCCUAACCAUCAGCAGCCCCAGGAGAGGCUCCUUUUACCUGACUUUUUCUCCAGGCCCAACACAACUCAGUCAUUUUUGCCAGACACACAGUAUCAUCACUCAUGCGCUGUUGAGUAUCCUCAUCAGGCCCGACCUGGGAGGGCAUCUGCAGGAACAGGUCCUCAAUUACAUGGGUCUACAAAGUCUCUAAACAGAGGUGGGCCAGUCUCUAGAACCAGGCAGGGACCAUAAGGCAAAGGAGAAGAACCUGCUUCAGGCUGCACUGAACAAGUGGGAAGAUUUCAUAAACCAGUGUUCGUGUGAUACAGAGCUUGUAUAGAAGAGAACCUGAAACUACCUUCAGGAAGUUAUUUCGGUACAACUGACUGAGGAAACGAGUAUCUGCCAAAGAUUACAUGGGUACUGUUUCUAUCUCCAGUUACUGUCUUCUUUCAGUAUUAAGUUAAACUAUUCCAACAGACAGUAAAGUUUGUACCAAAAGAUCUAACAAAAGAAUAAUUACUCCCAAAUCACUGCUCAUGUUGUCUGUUAACAAUGAACACUUCAAUUAUUAUAGGAUUCUAUAAGACUAUACAUACACAAAAAGUAGUAAAUGAUUGAUAACAUUGUCAUCACUGGCAUUGGAAUACUUCUGCUUAUAUUAACUUCUGGAGAGCUGUACCCAGUUUUAAGUCAUUUUUAGAAGACAGGGCUAUCAAAAAUCUAAGCUGCUCAUUAAACAGAUGUCAUUCUUAAAGCUUUCUCUUUAGAUGUCCAAUCCCACAGGCAGAUAAGAUAUGGAAGGGGUGAGUAACUUAAAGACGUAAAUAUUAAAU